UUGAGCCAACUCACCAAAACUUUUGGUACGAAAAAAUAAAAUAGAAAUAAUGUCUUGAUUCUGACUUAUGAUAUUUUGUUGUUGCAUUAUGGUGUUUUUUUGACGGAAACAUGAGCAUCACCAGUGGUAGCAACUCAAUCCUGAAAACGCUGAGGUUGAAGAAUCCCAAGCUUGUACUGUUAGAGUGUUGUUCCAAUGCUAGGGACCUCAAAAUCAUCCAUGCCCACAUGCUAAGAACCCACCUUUUCUUCGACGUGUUUGCAGCCAGUCGCCUCAUUGCUUUCUGCAUAGACUCAACCACCAACUUGCUGCAUUACGCCAUAAGGGUCGCGUCCCAAAUCCAAAAUCCCAAUCUCUUCAUCUACAAUGCACUCAUACGUGGGUGUUCCACAAGUGAAAACCCUGAAAACUCCUUUCACUAUUAUAUCAAAGCUCUACGCUUUGGUCUAUUACCUGAUAAUAUCACCCACCCUUUUUUGGUUAAGGCAUGUGCCCAGCUUGAGAAUGCACCUAUGGGCAUGCAAACACAUGGACAAGCCAUUAAGCAUGGAUUUGAACAAGAUUUUUACGUUCAAAACUCUCUUGUUCAUAUGUAUGCCUCUGUUGGGGACAUAAAUGCUGCGAGGAGUGUUUUUCAGAGGAUGUGUCGGUUUGAUGUGGUGUCAUGGACUUGCAUGAUUGCGGGGUAUCAUCGAUGUGGGGAUGCUAAAUCUGCACGUGAACUGUUUGAUAGAAUGCCGGAGAGGAAUUUGGUGACGUGGAGCACGAUGAUUAGCGGUUAUGCCCGGAACAAUUGUUUUGAGAAAGCAGUUGAGACGUUUGAGGCUCUUCAGGCAGAAGGGGUGGUUGCUAAUGAGACUGUGAUGGUGGGAGUGAUAUCUUCUUGUGCUCAUUUGGGGGCUCUUGCAAUGGGGGAGAAAGCUCACGAGUAUGUGAUGAGGAAUAAGUUGAGUUUGAAUCUGAUUCUUGGGACAGCUGUGGUUGAUAUGUAUGCAAGAUGUGGGAAUGUUGAGAAAGCUGUUAUGGUUUUUGAGCAACUGCCAGAAAAAGAUGUCCUUUGUUGGACAGCUUUGAUUGCUGGAUUGGCCAUGCAUGGUUAUGCAGAGAAAGCACUUUGGUAUUUUUCAGAAAUGGCAAAAAAGGGGUUUGUUCCUAGAGACAUUACGUUUACUGCAGUGUUGACAGCUUGCAGCCAUGCAGGAAUGGUUGAAAGGGGUUUGGAAAUAUUCGAAAGCAUGAAACGUGAUCAUGGGGUGGAGCCGAGACUGGAGCACUAUGGAUGUAUGGUUGAUCUUCUUGGUCGUGCAGGAAAGUUGAGAAAGGCGGAGAAGUUUGUUCUUAAAAUGCCUGUGAAGCCAAAUGCUCCAAUAUGGAGAGCAUUGCUAGGAGCUUGCAGGAUUCACAAGAAUGUGGAAGUUGGGGAAAGGGUGGGGAAGAUUUUGUUAGAGAUGCAACCAGAAUAUAGUGGUCAUUAUGUGCUACUCUCCAACAUAUAUGCUCGUGCAAAUAAGUGGAAAGAUGUUACUGUCAUGAGGCAAAUGAUGAAAGACAAAGGAGUAAGAAAACCACCUGGGUAUAGUCUCAUUGAGAUAGAUGGAAAAGUUCAUGAAUUUACAAUUGGAGAUAAAACACACCCGGAAAUAGAGAAAAUAGAAAGAAUAUGGGAAGAUAUAAUACUCCCAAAAAUAAAACUAGCUGGCUAUGUUGGAAAUACAGCUGAGACAAUGUUUGACAUUGAUGAAGAGGAAAAGGAAGGUGCCCUUCACAGGCAUAGUGAGAAGCUGGCCAUUGCAUAUGGAAUUAUGAAGAUUCGGGCUCCUACACCAAUUCGGAUUGUUAAAAAUUUGCGUGUCUGUGAAGAUUGUCACACAGCUACCAAGUUGAUUUCAAAGGUUUUCGAAGUGGAGUUGAUUGUGAGAGAUCGAAACCGAUUCCAUCAUUUUAAAGAAGGCACGUGUUCUUGUAUGGAUUACUGGUGAAACAACAAUGUGACUAAUACAGAUUAGAGCUAUGUUUAGGAUAUAGGGUAAUUCGGAUAGGAUUGAUCGAUGAUCUCAAUAAUUCAAAUCAAAUGAUUAAGUAUGUUCAAAUUAUUAAAGCUGAAUUAAAACUAAUCCGAUUA